ACCACGCCCACAUCCGGGGAUAUGACACGCACUCGUUCUCCAGCAUGGCGGCGUCAGCUAAAAACAAGAGUAAGAAGAAGGGUAAAACCCUUACCCUGACUGACUUUUUAGCUGAGGACACCGGGGGAAAUGCUCCUCCGAGUUACGCACCUGCAAAGCCCACUAGUUGGGCGGAUGAGACCGAUGACCUGGAGGGAGACGUUACAACGGCUUGGCACACAGAGGAUGACGUGUAUCGCGCACCGCCCAUCGAUCGGUCAAUUCUGCCAACGGCUCCACGUGCUGCUCGCGAGCCCAACGUCGACCGCUCCCGUCUGCCCCGCAGCCCACCCUACACCGCUUUUCUGGGUAACCUCCCCUAUGACGUCUCUGAGGACUCCAUCAAAACCUUCUUUCGUGGACUCAGUAUCAGUGCGGUUCGCCUCCCAAGGGAGCCCAGUAACCCUGAACGGCUGAAAGGCUUCGGCUAUGCAGAGUUUGACGAUGUGGACUCUCUUUUGCGUGCGCUAAGCCUCAAUGAAGAGAAUCUUGGAAAUCGUAGGAUCCGUGUAGACAUUGCUGAUCAGUCCGGUGAAAAAGAGAGAGACGAGCGUUCUGUUUCAGGGAGAGACCGUAACCGCAGCGAUCGUGAUAUGGGCCCAGAUAAGACUGAUUCGGACUGGCGAGUGAGGCCUAAAAGUGAAGCAGAUGAUGGACCGCGCAGAGACGAUGCUUUUGGAGAGCGAUCCAGAGAUCGGGAUCGGUACGAUUCAGACCGGUACCGUGAAGGUCAGCGGUGGGAUGCCCCCGGCGAUCGCCAUGACAGUGGGAGAGAGAGAUACCGGGAACGUUAUGACGACACAGACCGUAGAGAAUAUGACAGAGGCUACGAUUCUCGAAGUGGAGGUCGCAGACCAUUUGGAAGCGGUUUCCGGCGAGAUUACGAUGACCGGCGGGAUGACUAUCGUGGCAGUGGGGAUCGCUAUGGAGACCGGUAUGCCGACCGUGAGGACAGAUACGAGAGGCGGGAUGAAAGGCGUGAGGACAGAGGUCCUCAGCAGAGGCCCAAGCUAAACCUGAAGCCCCGCAGCGUUCCCAAAGAGGAAGACCAGAGCAACGUUCAGUCAGCAUCAUCAGGACGAGCCGCCUCCAUCUUUGGGGGAGCCAAACCGGUAGACACGGCUGCUAAAGAGAGGGAGGUAGAGGAGAGGCUAAAGAAAGAGCAGGAGAGACUACAGAGACAACUAGAGGAGGAAAAGAGCAGAGCACCUGAACGCAAACCCAGAGAGAGGCAUCCCAGUUGGCGAAGUGAAGACCAAGCAACCGAGCGAUCGCGAACAGGAAGUGAGUCAUCACAACCAGGAAGCACAUCAAGCAGGGGACCUCGGCGUCGAGAAAGUGAACGCUCUGUGGAAAACGAGGUUUUCAGUAGCCGUGAUGAGGAGUCUUCCCAUGGGAGCCAAACCUCCUCCACCAAGCAGGAAAGCCUCCCGUUGAAAGUCGUUCUAGCUCCGCCUCCGAAGGAAAACGCGUGGGUGAAGAGGAGCACGAGGAGCAGUGGAUCCAGUGAGAGUGACACUAAACCUGUCGUUUCACCCAGCAGCAGUGCUCCACCCAAAAGCUCAGCUGAUGCUCAUCAUAAAAAUAAAGAUGAAAACAAAGCAGAUGUAGUUCUUCGGGAUCGGGGUCCCUCUCGGGGACGUGGUGGGACUGCGGGCUCUGGAGCAGGCAGGGGUUGUGGUGACGCGGCCAGCCGAGACCGAAGGAAGGAGACUGACAGAAAGGACUUGAAAAGAGAAAGAGAUCUCAGACCAGCACCAGAGCCAAAGAAAUUUGAGGAGCCUCCAAACCCUAACUUCAGCUCAGCCAGUAAAUACGCAGCAUUGCUGAUGGCGGGUGAACAGGGAGACGAGGAGGAGGGCGGAGAUUAAAGGACUGCAAGGACGACCCUCCAAACUGAAUUACACACAAUUAAACCUACAGCUUUUGUUUCAUGCAGCACUGAAGGACUCCGUUUGCCUUCUCCCAGCAAAAAAUACAUUUAAGACCCUCCUUCUUCAUCAGAACCGAUUGGGAAUAUACAAGACUUGUUUUAAAGUUGUUUUAAAGUGUGAAAGGUUGGAUGAAUGAUUAUAACUAAUAAAUGUGUGGGGCUAAACAAAAUACACGCGGACAGGAUCGAAUCACAGCUGUUGCUCUUGCGUACAUCACAAGCCGAGUGCAUCGCUAGCUUGGUUGCACAUUGAGUGGCUGGAAAGUGCAGACUCAAGGGGAAACGUGCCACAAAACGAAUGUCUUUCCCCGACCUUUAGGUCUUCCUUUGCUUUCUUAAAAGAACGUUUACAGCGACUGUUUUACUGUCAAGGAAAGAGGUCGGUGACCUGCGUUGUUCAUCCACUGUUAAUAAAUCUUACAAGCUCGGUUUUACGUCUUAAACUCAUGCUGGUCAACAAGUCAGAUGAUUUGUAUACCGAGAUAAUGGGCAGCAAAUGAAUCAGAUCCUGAUAAAUUCAGUUUGACGUUGCUCAUUUUCUCACUUUCACAUUGAGGACUUUUUUUAAGCCACUGCUUUGGACUGAUGUGCAAUAGGAAUUAAGUAUUCCUCUGAAUCUCAACGACAGAGACAGCUGCCGCCUCAGGUCGAGCGUGUAUCUAAAGGUAGUGACAUGAUUUGCUUCUUGAUUUAAACUGUGUACCAUCUGAAAAAUAAUAAAAGACGACACAGAGUCUGUUAUGCUUUA